UAUGCAACAAUCACCCUUACAAAUCUUACUUACGUUGGGAAACUGUACGUACGUGACGGUCUCUGGUGAUGCUGCGUCCGCUGAUAACACGUAAGCCAUUUUCCUUCGUCCACGUAAACAACCGUCAAAAGCCACUUGAACGAAUAAGCUGUGUUGUACGUACUGGACACUUUACAUUCUGACUCCUUAAUUCUUAAUCCAUCAUAUAUUAACACAUUUUACUGCACGUAUUAAUUCCUCUCUGUAUGACCAGUUGACCCGGUGCUGUCUAGAAUAAAAAGACGCCCUUAAUCCAUUUUAUUUAGACGUCACUGAAUAGAAACUCAUACGUAUUCCCUAAAACAUUGGUUCCCAACCUGGGGGUAAAUUACCCCCUGGGGGUAAUUUAGCAAUUUUUCGGGGGUAAUGGAGGGGUGACAGAAAAAUGUUAAGAAUUCUGAAAAUCAAGUAAGCAUUGGUAUUAGGAUUAAUGUUAACUUAGUCUUAGUAUUUUAAGUUGUAAAGUAAACCUAUUAUAAGUAAGUAACAAAGCUAAACCAAAUAACAAUAAAUAUCAAAAACUAAUAUACAGUAUUAGAAAAGAAAAAAUAUAUAGCUAAGUGUGUGGUAACCGAAAAGUAUUUUCACAAGUAUGCUUCAGGACACAAGUCACUCAGUAACCCCGAUGACUCAUCGACGAGUCCAGUACGCGUCACUCACUGCCCGAGUCUGCCUCUAUUUCACACUGCCAGUUUCUCUGUGAGCAUCAGCCGAGGUGGACAUGAGCUGGGGGCGGCGUGACAUGGCGCACCUUCUGGGCCCACGGUGCCCUGUGUGCCGCCCACCCCUGGGAGGUGAUCUUCUCCGUCAUCACCACCACCGUCGCCAUGAUCUCCUUCGCUGACUGGUAUAAGAUGCCCGCCCAGCCCCGCACCCCCCAGGAGUACCAGGGCCUCGACGUGGUGGUGAUGACGGUGCUGCGCUGCUCGGCCCUCCUCUACACCUAUCAUCAAUUCCGCACCCUGCACAGACUCGGCUCCAAAUACAUCCUAGGUGUCGCUGGCCUGGUGGUGGUGUUCUCCAGCUUCGUGUUCAGCUGCUCUGUCAUCAAGCUCCUCGACAGUGAUGUGUCCGACCUCAAAGAUGCCCUGUUCUUCCUGCUGCUGCUGGUGGACCUGAGCCGCACCAGCCUCUUGGCGCAGUUUGCCCUCUCGUCCUCCAGCCAGACAGAGGUGUACAACAACAUCGCCUAUGGCAUGGCCCGCCUCGGCCCCUCCCUCACCCUGGACACCAUUGUGGAGGCGCUGGUCAUUGGUGCUGGCACUCUCUCAGGUGUGAGUCGGCUGGAACAGAUGUGUGCCUUUGCCUGCCUCUCCAUCCUGGUGAACUACAUUGUCUUCAUGACCUUCUUCCCAGCCUGCCUCUCACUCAUCCUGGAGCUGUCCAAUCGGUGCUCCUCAGGGCGACCACCGUGGCAGAUGGCAACCCUCGCACGGGCGAUGGUGGACCAGGAGAAGCCCAACCCCGUAGUGCAGCGAGUCAAGGUGAUCAUGUCUGCUGGGCUCCUGCUGGUACAUGGCAUCACCCGCUGGUCUGUCUCCCUCAGUCAGCACACCAUCACCCUCACCGACGCAGCCACCAGUCAGUUCAACUCCUCAACAGAUCCGCAUAUUAUUGUCAGGUUGCUGAAUGCUGGCCUGGACCACAUCGUGUUCAUGGUGAUCCUCGCCGCCCUCAUCAUCAAGUACGUGUUGUUUGAAUCCCAAGGCCAGCUGGAGGAGAGCCUCAUCCACGACAGCCUCCACCACCCACGGGACAGCUCCUCCACCCUCCCAGCCAAGGGGAAGAGCAUGCCAGCCGGUCUGAGGCAGCGCACACGAUGCCAAGCUCUCGGCUCCACUCAUCAGUGUGAGGGCGCAGCGGUGGAGCUUGGCAGAGAGGACCGAGGCUGCCAGACGGAAGCGUUGUGUGAGGGGGUGAGGGAGACCGUCACAGAUGAUGACCACCCGCCUCGCUCACUGGAGGAGUGUGUGGCAGUGAUGAAGUCUCAGGCGGGCGCCAAGUCCCUGAGUGACAGUGAAGUUGUUCUGCUGGUGGAGAAAAAGCAGCUGCCAGGCUACCAACUUGAGAAGGUGUUGGGUGACCCGGCCCGGGCGGUGGCAGUGAGGCGCCGCGUGGUGGCUCCACACACUGCUCACUUAACUGCUCUUGAUGCUCUGCCACACAAGCACUAUGAUUACUCUAAGGUGGUGGGUGUGUGCUGCGAGAAUGUGGUGGGCUACAUGCCAGUGCCAGUGGGUGUGGCCGGCCCGCUGCUGGUCAAUGGCCAGAAGUAUAUGGUGCCACUGGCCACCACGGAGGGCUGUCUGGUGGCCUCUACUAACCGGGGCUGCCGGGCACUGGUCAAUGGGGUCAGAAGUGAGAUAGUUCGUGAUGGCAUGACGCGGGCACCCAGUGUUAGGCUGCCCUCUGCCACCCAGGCCAGGGAUGUCUACAUGUGGCUCAGGAAGCAAGAGAACUUUGCUAUCAUCAAGGAAAGUUUUGACUCCACCAGCCGCUACGCCCGCCUCCAGGACCUGCACGUGGGCAUUGCCGGGCGCCUGCUGUACAUGCGCUUUGUGGCUCAGACUGGAGAUGCAAUGGGCAUGAACAUGGUGUCCAAGGGGACGGAGGCAGGACUGAAGGCCCUCAAGAAAUUUUUCCCUGACUUGGAGGUGCUUAGCAUGAGUGGAAACUACUGUGUUGAUAAGAAGCCUUCAGCCAUCAACUGGAUUGAAGGUCGAGGGAAAUCCGUGGUGUGCGAGGCGGUGGUGCCAGGGAAGGUGGUGCAUGAGGUGCUCAAGACCAGCGUGGCGGCCCUGGUGGAGGCCAACAUUACCAAAAACCUGGUGGGCUCCUCAUUGGCAGGAUCCAUUGGAGGGAACAAUGCUCAUGCAGCCAAUAUCGUGGCAGCCAUGUUCAUUUCCUGUGGCCAGGACCCAGCACAGGUGGUAGGCAGCAGCAAUUGCAUGACCUUGAUGGAGAAGUGGGGCGAGCAUGAAGAGGACCUGCACAUCACGGUCACAAUGCCAUCGCUAGAGGUGGGCACAGUGGGCGGCGGCACCAGCCUCCAGCCCCAGGCCUCCUGCCUGAACAUGCUCAAUGUCAAGGGGGCAAACGUUGACAACCCUGGAGAAAAUGCAUGUCAGUUUGCCAAGAUUGUGGCAGCAACAGUGUUAGCAGGAGAACUGUCCCUGAUGUCUGCUUUGGCUGCUGGACACCUGGUCAAGAGUCACAUGGUUCAUAACAGAGCCAAAGCCACUGCCACUCAGCCCAAUUCUGCCUCCCUCCCCUCAAUUCCCUCUAGUGAGAACAUAAGCAACACCAAUACUAUGAGUCCAACAAUUAGUGCUCCUCCCACCCUCCCUCCAACCACAACUAGUCUCUCCUGCCCUGCCAUCCCUGCCCUUCUUCCUGUUGCCCCCAACACCUCAGAGGAGGCUGGACCCAGACACCCAGCCUCCCUUGCCUCCUCACCUGUAGAACCAUCAAGAACACUCAUUGCAGAACUUACAGGUAAGAACAAUACAGGGGUAAGAGAUCAUGUUGAACCCACACAAGCUGUAGCAGCUUGCCAAGAUCCAGUAAACAUGUCUUUAGCUCAUCCUUGAAGAUGUGCACCAGGAAACCGAUGACGGUUCAUAAUCUUGGUGCUCCAGUGAGGGCUUGGCCAUCACAGGCAAUGGCUUCAGAAGCCUGAAGACCUGCUUGGCUGUUACCCAACCUUUAUUUAUUGAUCCGCUUGAUCCACCAGUUCCCAGAGAGUUGAUCAAAAAUUUAUCUUCAUAUUAUAGUUAUUUUACAGCACUUUUCAAAUACAAACAAAGUUUUUUAUCAUUAUGUAAAACAGAUUUACAUAUUUUUUAUGUAGCAUUUAGAGCUCUGUUAGCAAAUAUGAAAUAGCUUCAAAUUAUUUUCAAGAUUUCCUUGAAGCAGGUGAUUAGCUAACUGUAUGAAGACUAGACAUGACACAAUGCCUUUAAGAAUCUUCCAGGUUAUGAUUCUCAGUCAUCAGAUGUAAAGUAAGAUUGAAUUAAGGGUUGUGGACAAUAACAACUUCUUGAUGUUUGGAUACCAGUUAAUACAAGGAUAUAAAAUAAUUUUAAUAGUUAUGUGGAUGAUCCCAGUUUUAUGUGGAUUUUAUAUGGAAUGAAUGUGAGGAGCAGGAGGCAGCUAUGGUAUGGCAAGGCAGUCUGAGACUUUACUGUAAGGCAAUAAGGAAGUUUGAAGAUUAUUGUUAUGUGUACAGUAAUAUAUAAGAGUAAGACUUGAGGCCAGCUGUUGAAGUGUGUGAAGUGUCACACAAUAUGUGCCCUACAACCUUUUCCUGAAGAUGUAUGAGGUUGUGUUUAUCAGAGAUUAUUAAUGUGUGUUUUAUCCAGACUCGUACAUCAUCAUACACAUUCCAACUGUUUAGUGAUAGGUUUUGUCCCUCUAGCAUCUGGAUCCCAUUCCUAUCAGUCCUCCUUGAUUUUUAAUUGAUGUUUGCAAUGAACUGUCAUUUUGUUAAUCCUGGGAACAGAGUGCUGCAUUAGUGGUCAUACACUUAAUGAGAUGGCAGAAUAAGUUUACUAUUCUCAAUCUGCAACAUCUCUUAUUUUCAGAAUUUAAAACACACUUACAUUCUCAGUUAAGGAUUACAUUUGUCUGAUAUUUUACAUAUUGCUUCCACCUCCCUCAUGAUACUUUAUUUAAACCAAACUCUAAGAAAAUGUAUAAAUGUGUACAUGGGAAUGCUGAUGCUAUUGCAGUAGUCAGAGUUAGCCUAGGCUGUGUGAAGUGAUUUCACACUGCCGUGAACUUCAGACUCCAGCUUGGUUCUAAUUUUCUCCAGUCAUUUUUGCCGUUUUAUUUCAAGAUUUUCACAAACUAGUUCUUGCAGUUUCAGAAAAAUGUUGAACCAAUCAGAGGCUGAAAGAAAUGAUACUUAAGUGUCUGCAGGUAAUCCAUCACAAUAUUUGCACUGCAUUGCAUUAUGUGCAGCGGCAUGGCAGAUUUAAACAUGCAGAUAAAAUAUUGAUAAAAUAUUUUAGGAACUUUCCAAACUUCUAUUAGUCUCUGGGCCUCAUUUUCUUUUAAUGCACUCCUGUGGGAAGGAACAGACUGACUCUGCAAGCCUCUAUAUUAGUAAAGAUAAAGUUAGGUGCAUACACUAAAGUGCAUGUGGCUGCAGUGCUCAUCUCUGUCGCAUUAGCCCUUCGAGUCUAUGGUGGGAAGAUCCCAUUAGCCCGGGACACGGGCCAGUGUGAAGUCCAGGAUUGCCACAGUUUACCUUCCCGAGGUUUUCCCAAGUACCCAUUUUCAACCAACCUGAAGAGGAGGAUGAACAGCUGGGUGAGAGCUGCAUUUCACCAGCCAUGGCCAGGAUUUAAAACUGGGUCCACAGAUUUGUAGCUAGGCAUGCUAACCACUGCUCCACAGAGAUGCCCGGGCUCAAAUCCCAGCCUGGGGAGUCACUGUGCCACCCACCCAGCUGUUUCACCUCCCUAUUAGAAUGAUUGAUAAAUUGGUACCUGGGAAAAGGUUUAAGCGUGGUAAUCUGGAUAUCACACUUGCUCUGUGUCCCGCAAUAAUGGGUUCUUACUCACCACAGGCUCAUGGGCCAGUGUCACAAAUAAAACCACCAAGGUCAUGCACAGCUACAGUGUAUGGCCCCAACUUUACUUUAUUGUAGAAAAGAAGGAAACACCAGCUGCGUGAGCAAGAAUAGCAGCAAUGUCAGAAGUGCUUAAAUUUUAAAGUUUUUACUCACUGGGCACAUACGUUGAGGCUACUGGUGACAGAUUUCACAGUUGGCACAUUCCUCAAAUUACCCUUCACUGCCAAAAGUACAGUGCUUUCCUUAGCAGCAGCUGAUGGCCAUGAUGUGGUAAUCCUAACUAAAAUUUCUUGCCAUUGCCUACCUUGUGCAUAAUGCAGUGCAGAGCAAUGAAAAGUUCUUGCAUAAAUAGUGCCCGCCAGAGGAAGGAAAGCAUGAUGCUCCACUCCUGUGUGCUAACUUUAUGAAAACAGGUUUGAUUUUACGUAUCACAGAGCACCCGCUCUCUGAUUAAAAUACCUCGUAAGUACAAAAUUUUAACUUUCGAUUAUGUAAACAUGCAGCCGUCUGUAUUGCUGGCAUUGCUCUCUUCCAACUUGUAAUCACAGUUGAGUCCAGUAAGGCAAACCACACAAUUGCUUCUUAUGUAUGCUUCUUUAAUACUAUAGUGAAACCAUUGUAGCGAGUCCGUUGUGGCGUUGGCUCCCGUGGGUCCUUUCCUCCCCUCUGCUCUGCCACACAGUCCCAACACCUAUUUUUUCUUUUCAUGUGUUACCUAUAGCUAACAUAUGAGAGGAAGAGAUAGGUGUUGGGACUGUGUGGCAGAGCAGAGGGGAGGAAAGGACCCACGGGAGUCAACGCCUCAACAGACUCGCUAAACUGGUUUCACUAUACCCAUUGCUUUUGCUGCCCUCAAAAUAAGCAUCAGCCACUUUACAUGGAUUCUGCAACAGUUGAGUUCAUAAUACUGUAAGAUACUCAAGCACAAGGCUCUCUGUUCUUUGCCAUUAUCUUUGGAGGAAUGUAGCCACUGACAGCUGCAGUGACAGUUGUGGCUGUAACCAGUGUAGGGUCCGAAGCCGCAAUAUUUGUAUGGAGUAUGAAUGACUGGUCUUAAAUGUCAUAGAAAGCUUUCUUCCUUUACUCUUGUUUCUCAAGGUUCUGUUCCCACAAGUCUAAAUGGGUAAAGGGAUUGUGAGAUGAAGGAAGCUCCCUCAACUUGGGUAUGCAUGGCUGAGAAAGAGAGAGAAUAUUCACCAGUCAGAAAAUGAACGUAUGUAAGAAUGAUCCCAAACUUCUUGUAAAUUGUGUCAAUGUAUUAAAAAUGAUAACUUAGAGUAACUCUUAUUCACAAGAGGUAUGAUUACUAUAGUAGGAGUGACUGCAUUGAAAAGAGCCUAAUUGAUAUGUGAUGUUUGAGAUCAUUCAUAUUUUGACAAUCUUCUGUGAUUUUUUUGCAAUGGUGGAUGUGCUAAGCUGCAUAUUUUAUUUGUUAUUGUCUUGUAAUUUAUUUUAUUUAUUUUGAAUGUGAUACUUUAUGUAAGUGUUCUUAGUUGUCUUAGGGCUGUGUACUAUGUCUCCACAGUACACAGUAGUCUCUUUUAAGUUUUACAUGAAUUUAACUUAUGCGAAUAUGUAAUAGCACAUAUCAUCCACAACUUAACUUUACUGCCACUUACACAAAUAUCGUGGUGUAUGCCGCUGAUGUACACGCUGCGCUGCCACUGCCAGUACCAGCAAAAUUAAAAGCCAAUGAAGUGCAUUUAAGAGAAAAAUAAUGCAAAGACAACUAGGCUCAACACUUCUUUGUAUUGUCAACUUAUCAUGUAUGGUGUACAAUGUGCCAUUGCAUGGCUACAUUGAGUGUUUGGUGGCUGUGGUCACCCCAACAGCAACUUACUUGCAUCAGGUUUUUCAAGAAGGCUUAUCAACUUCUCAUAUAUAGAAGCAGGUGUGUUACACUCCUUUGCUGGAUGCAGGCGACUAGUAGCCUGCUACUGGCACAGCAUCCAGCUUUCAUUAUGCCGUUAUUGAAGGUAAUGUUUAUUGUGCUUGUUGCACUAGUUUUCAUAUGUAGUCACCAUGAAGAGCCAGUGUCCAGCAAAGGCUGGUGUGAACCCAUAUAUUCCAAAACAUAAGAUGCCAAUAAGCCUCAAGACAAUAACUUAGAAGUGUUAGAGCAUUAAGUCGCAGCACCAAGUCAGACAUCAUGUAACAUUCAAGGCAUUGAGAGUGUGUUGCUCAUCAUACAUGAUAAUGCUGACAGCUAAGAAAAUAAUAAGGCUGGUCACUUUUAAAAAGUAUUUCACUCAUUAAAAAAUGAUUAAAUGUAUAUCAAACUUUUUAAUUCUUUGUUAUCAAUGCUUAUCCAUGCUCCAGGAGUGUAGUUGCACCACUUAUUGCAUUGCAUAUAGGAAUAUUUUAUUUAAUGUACUUUCCACAAACCUAUUUCCACGUAAACCAUGAACCAUGUGGUGAGAAGGGCGAGUGUAAUUUGUCUGCCUACCUCACCUGUCUGUUUCCUGUAGGAUACAAGUCAGUUUGCCGAGAAGUCAUGUGUAAAUAUACCUCAUCAAGUCUUA